AACGCGGAUUCCACCGAGCGCCUCCUGGCGGAACAGCCGCGUGCGUUUCAUGGGAAGUGAAUAUUAACUGGAAACAUUUGUCGAGUUCACGCGUUGACACAUUCAUUUGGAAAAAUGUCUUGAGAUUAUCAACUAAUAAUCUGUCAGUCAUUCCUCUAAUGUUUUAGACACGAACCGCCAUCUAAACACACGGGAAGCUCAGAAGAAAGCGCGUUUGGUCGUGAUUUUCUCCAGACACACAGGCUUGUGAUGGUCAAACAUGAGCGCUGAGCGUCAGAAGCGUCGAGAGGAGAUUCAGAGAGCGCUGAGCUUCAUCAAAAGUUCUCUGCCUUAUCCGGACCCUGAAGGCUAUGAGGGGUUUGUGGUACAGCUGGUGUGUGAUCUCUUAGAUGAGGGCAACGCUGCCUUUCGAGAGGGCGAGUGGACGCAGGCAUGGGGUCAUUUCAGCGAGGGCGUCAAUGUGGCACUUUACGCUCAGGCCGAGGGGCUUCAUGUUCCCGCUGCCCUGCUGGAGAGUCUGUACAUCAACCGCGCGGCCGCCCAUCAGAACAUGGGUGAGUUUGACAGCGGGGUGAAGGAUUGCGACCGCGCUCUGGAGGUGUGUAAAGACAGUGCUAAAGCGUUAUAUCGUAAAGCCAUGUGUCUGAGGGAGUCUGGGAAACUGAGAGAGGCGUAUGAGUGCAGCACUGCAUGUCUGUUGGCCUCACCGGAGGAUCAGACGGUCAGUAAUUUGUCCCAGGAAAUUGCAGCCAGUCUGGGCCUGAAGAACAGAAAAGCGUACAUCAGUUCUCACAGGGGGAAAGCGGCAGGAUCUGAGGACGACAGGCUCAUAUCGUCACCUUUAGAUGAGAUAUCGUCUGUUGAGGUGGAGAAAGAGACUGACUCUGGAGCUGGUCCGUCUCCUGUCUUACCGGCCCCAGUCCCCGUGAGCGACUCCCAUGAGGCUUCGGGUCUGUCUGGAGCCGUGCCGCUGUCGGUGCCCGUGUCUCAGCCGCUGGAGGACAAUGACCUGAUGGGAGACGAGCUGGACAGUCUCCUGGACUGCAUGUCUAAAGAGGAAGACACACCGCAGAGUGGAGUCGUUCCUACCGGUCUGGUGUGUUUCUCGUCUUCGACUCCUCGUCUUCCACCCGCGUUCUUCUCCUCCGUUGGGAGUCAUUUGAACUCUCUGGACACCUUCACUAAAACUGAGAUGAACUCGGACUCUUCCAGCUCCACCCUGGACGCGUUAGACUCCAUCUGUCCGUCCGCCGACACCGUUUCCCUGCAGCGCCCUCUAGUGGUGGGAGGAGACGCGCUCGAUUCGCUGUCUGAAUUUAGUCUGCCAGGUGGGAAAGUCUGUCAUAGUUUUCUGCCGUCUGUCAAACUGACAAACUCUUCUCAUACGAGGAACGGUCACAUGACCUCCAAACUUUCCUCUCUGUCCAAGAACCCACUGGAACAAACACAUGAAUUUACUCAAGCCUGCAGCACCUGCUUCACUUCUACAGGUCCAGGUGUGCUGGAUUUUGAGCUCAGGUCUGAUGUGAAUCACAGCUGUAAGAAGGAUCUUCUGUUGUGCAGACGGAAGGGCGGGGCCAACUCACCCUGGAGGCGGAUCCGGCCCCGCCCAACUCGCAACAACUUCCAGGCCGCCUUUGUGCUCUGCAGAGAGGUGUUGGAGAAUCAGGUGUGUAAGUACGGUGAGGGCUGCACGUUUGCGUAUUGUCAAGAAGAGAUUGACGUCUGGACGCAGGAGAGGCGGGGCUUACUCGUCAGAGAGCUGCUCUUCAAUCCGCUGGCGACCAAUGAGAGACAAACACUCAGUGUCAUUAAACUCCUGAACAUACACACGGGCAUGUUUAUGUUCCUCUGUGAGGCCUGUUUUGACCGUAAACCCAGAAUGAUCAGCAAACGCUGGAAGGAGAAUCCCGCUCUGUGUGCCAACAUACAAACACAACAUCAGUUUGACAAAAAGAAGUGUCUGGUUCACGUGGUGAAGAACAGCGCUGUGAGUUACAGUAAGAUCCGAGCGUUGAGUUCUCACUGUCAGUUUGACAUGUGUCGUCAUGAGCUCAGUUUGGGCUGUAAGAGGGAGGACGGCUGCUGCUUCGCUCACUCGCUCAUCGAACUGCAGAUCUGGAUCCUGCAGAGAGACUCUGGAAUCAGCCAUGAAGAGAUUGUGCAGGAGUCCAAAAAACACUGGAACAAGCAGCGUCCUGUGAUUGCGGCUUCACGAUCACCAAAUAAAAACACUGCAGCAAAACCAAAGAGUCCAAUCAGAGCAGAGCAAACGAAUGGGAAGGCGGGUCCUGUGCAGGGAACAGGAAGUGCUGAUUCAGCUGAGGUCAAAGGUCACAGGCUGGAGCUGAUGAUGAAGUUUGUGUGCGGUCAGUGCUGGAAAGAUGGGCUGCUCAGUGAACCGGACCGAGCGCUGAAAUACUGCACCGCUAAAGCCCGACACAGCUGGACCAAAGACAGAAGGGUUUUACUGGUCAGGUCUCACGAGAGGAAGAAGUGGGUCACAGUGCGACCUGUGCCUUUUGCCAAGACCUUUCCUCAACAAUACGACAUCUGCAUCCAUGUGCUGAAGCAGCGUAAAUGUCAUUACAUCGGGAACUGUACUUUCGCUCACAGUCAGGAGGAGAAGGAGCUGUGGAUGUACAUGAAGAACAAUGGCUUCACGGACAUCCAGCAGGUGUUUGACGUCUGGCUCUCCAAUCAGAACAGAGCAUCUGACGGCACGUCACCGCCUCAGCCAAUAGAGGAGAAGCAGAUCACCAUGCCAACGGACUUUGCUGAACCAAUGCUGGACAGUUUCUACUGCCCUCUGUGUGGUAAACACAGUAACAGUCAUCGGCAGUGGCAGCAGCACAUCACCUCAGAGAAACACAAGCACAGAGUGUUGAGCGGAGAGGGAGAAGAUGAGAGUCUGUCCUGGUCCUAUCGCUUCCCUGGACCCUGUUUCUCCAUCUGUCCCAGGUUGGCUGAUGGUUGUACUGAAGGCUUGAGUUGUGACUUCGCUCACAGUGAGGAGGAGCUUCAGGAGUGGCACAGACGAAGGGAUUUUCUGCGCAGGAGGUUGGACAAAGCCAGAGCUGACAUGCUGAUCUCUCCAACUGACAAUGACUUUGGGAUCUACAACUUCCUGCUUCAGAACUAAACAAACAAGUACACAUUUGUACUGAGUCUGUGAGAGUUACUGUGAGAUGAGUGUUUGCAUGUUUUAAUGAAGCUGAAAUAUGUUAACCUCCAGACUGAACUUGUGUAUAUCAUCCAGACGUGACCCAGAACACGUUUCUUAUGUCUGUGAAUGGAACAAUUUUGAGAAACAAAAUGGUGGAUGCAGUUCAAUACAUUAAUUUGACUCUGUCUGAAGUGAUUCUGGAUCUUCUGAACUGUUGAUCGUUAGUGUUCAUUUUGUUCAUACACUGAAUAAACGUUUCAUCUGUUAGACAGCGAUCAGGACAUUUUGUCUUUCAGUUGUUGAUUUGUCCAGGACUUCAAUAAGAUGAGCACAGAAGUGUUAUUUUUAUAAGUUUGUUUCAUUCUUACUGUAAUUCACUGUUUGUACAAGAAAAUGAAACGUUAAUAUUGAUCAUAGUAUUAUGUAAUAAACAUUAUUUUAUGAAAUAUGUUUAAUUGUUUUUAGUAUCGUAUAUAUAAUAUAUAUAUAUAUUUUUUUUUUAAUAACUAUGUAUUUCUUCUCUAGUUCUCUGUUCUGAACCCAAUAUUUCACGUUUGUAAAUCAUGUGAAUCAGCGGAAAUAGGUCAGAAAUCCUGUCGUGUGUUGCAUAGUUUCAAAUACAUUUUUCAUGUGCACAAGUGUGAGUGUUACUACAGUCACUUAUAUGAAUAAUAUUAUGUUAUUUUAACACAAGAUUAUUAAAAAUUAGUGUUUGUGAGGUAAAAUUGUAUUUACAUUUUAAAAAUGUAAAAUGCACGCAGGCCUGAGGUGUUUGAUUUUACAAUGUGAAGCAAACUGGUGUUUUCAGCUGAGCUUUCUUACAUCUACCAUCUACAUCUACUUACAUCUUUUAUUUAGUAAAUGGUGGUGAUUAUUCAUAAUAUUUAUUCUUUGUGAAUAAAAGAGAUGCUUUGAAUGGGGCACGAAGUUUGAAUUUAAAAUUUUUUAACACGCGCCUGAUUAACGGUCACUUUCCUCCAGAGACAAGCGCUUCCUGACAGUUUGUUAAUCGAUUUUGCUUAUAUGUUCAAUGUUUUUUUGAUAUGAGAGUUUUUUUUAACUUAAUUACGUAAUUAAAUAUCCUGCUGUUUGGUUGAUUUGCGCACGAACAAUCUGAGGUGUGCUGAGGUAAAAUCUGAGAUAAAAUGUAUUUAAGUUGGCCACUGACCACGACAAAGUACACAAUCACUUUAAUAAUUUCUAAAUUUAAAUUCUAGUUAAGAAAGUUUUUUUUUUUUUUUUAAUAUACAUUUUUAGACUGCCGUUUGCACUUGCAUCAUGCUAGCAUUCCCUCUGGUAAUAAUAAUAGUAGGCCUAGCCUACUUAAUUUUGUAGUGUGUUUAUACCUUUAAACACCAAAAUUAUCCGUUAAUAUUCGUAUUUCAGCCUCACUGAUCCAAUUAAUUGUAGUAGUUUUGUGACAUUCAAAUUUUUGAAACUCAAAAUGUAUUUUUUAUUUAUUUUAUUUAUGCUCGUUGAAAACCUAAAUUGUAUUGUUCUUGUGUACUGAUGAAUCACUUUGUUGUAUUCCUCUCUUUGGAAAAAAGUGUUUGCUAAAUGAACAAAUGUGUAGAAUGUAAAUUGAUUUUCUGGUCAUUACUUUGUAAUGUCUGUAAGUGCUGCUCGCAUCUCCAAACACUGAUAAGCAGACGCGUGUUUAUCACUGGAACUUGAGCAUGUGAAGGAAUCAUUUUGGUAAAGAUUUGUUCAUGACAAUAACUCUGUGAGCUUACUGACCAACAAAUAAAGAGCAAUAAAUAAAACACACUUGCAAAAAAAGUA